AUGAAUCUUCAAAUAAUGGCUGGGACUUCUUAUGCAAAAUAUUAUACCCAAGAAAAAAAUACAGAAUUGCUCAAAUGGUGCAACUGGCCAUUUUUUAUCUUAUGCUUAGCUGGACCUUGGAUGUGUGUUUUAGAAGCGGUGUAUGUUGAGAAACCUAUUGUAGAUCUCUUAAUGGAUCUCAUACCUCUCAUUCCUACAAAUAUUCGAGAUUAUACAGAGCGAGAAACAGGGCUUUUGGCUAGAAUUAUGGAAUUGGAACAAUCUGCAAAAGAGAAUGAAAAUAACAGGAAGUUAAGAGAUACCGAAAUCAAUGAGCUUAGAUCCAGAAUUUCAAAAUUAGAACAGAUGCAAUCGCAAACUGAUGAAAAGAAUAACUUUAUUGUUAAAUCAGAUGACGAUGCUAAGGAAAUUAAUCAAUUUUCAAUAAUACCUAAGGCAUCAGUUCUUUUAACUUUGAUAUUCAGAAAUACUGAACUCAGAAAGUCUGAAAUUUUGGCCAGAGUGCCCUUGCUGAAAAAUAGUUAUAGAAAAAAAGGUGCAAAAAAUAUUUCUCAAAUGAUAUCUGAUGGUAAUUUAUUAUUCACACCUCAAAUCGCUCCAGCUGAGGUAGAGAAUCAUAAUAACUAUGAUGAGGUAUAUUAUAAUGAUGAGGUGUGUUUUGAUAAUCCCACAUCUCACUACAACAAUGAUUCUGAAGAAGAAAGGCUAAAUGAAUCAGAUAAUGACAGAUAUAAUGGAUAUGAUAGAUAUGAUGAAUAUGGUAGAUGCAAUAGAGGCUAUUAUUAUUGUGACAGAAGAUACGAAAGAAAAAGCUCACCAAUGAUAAGUUCUAUUAUUUUACCAGUAACUGCUUAG